AUGUCUUCCAGACCAAGAAGAGCUGCGCCAAGCUCGUUGAACAACGCGGUGAUCUCGCACGUGACGGGCGUCAAGCCCGUGGACCAGGCCCGUGCCGAGGCCAUUUUGACCAAAUUCAUCUCCACCAGUGAGGCAAUUGCCACGAGUAGCGCCAGCGAGGCCAUUGCCUUCUCGAAAAUCGGGCUCUCAAACACGUCAGGAAACAACCCCAUUUUGGGCCAGUUGAAAAGGGUACAGAGAGACUUGAGGGGCUUGCCUCCUCUACUGGCCGAGCUUGACUCGCCCAAGAGACCGGCCGAUGAGAGUGCCGAGGAGCCCAAGAACAAGAAAAUCAAGUUCAGCGACGAAAACGACCUGGACAGCGCCGAGGCAAAGUCCGCUGGCGACGAGUCCAGCGACGAGACUGCGGAAGGCUCCGAGAAACCAGAUGAGAAACUGAGCGGGGAAGAGUCUGAAAAGGAGGACGAGGUGGCAGAUGCCGCUGAGAAUGUGGAAGAAAAACAGGAGGAAGAGGAGCAGGAAUCAAGCGGCGAGGAGGAGAAGCGCGAGAGGAAGAGACAGAAGAAGUUGGCCAAGAAAGAGAAGAAGGAGAAGAAGAAGCAACUGAGCAAUUGA